AGCCAUACUUUGUGCAUCGCCACUACCACACUCGUCACUCUACGCCAUCCUGCCACCAGACCACGAAUCUCGUGCCUCCUUCUCCCUCCAACGUCCGCCAUGGACCGUCGCCGCACGCCCGGCCUCUCGUCCCUCAACAGCUCGCGGCUCCAAACCCACCACUACACUGCCCACGGCGCCGCUCUCCGCAACCGCAAUGCCGAGACGCUCCAGAACCAGCUUUCUGUAUUCCAGUCGCUGCUCCACAACUUCGCUCUUACCCACGCCAAAGAUAUCCGCGCAAACCCAGAGUUUCGAGCCGAAUUCGCCCGCAUGUGCUCUGCUCUGAACAUCGACUUCCUCGCUUCGUCCUACCACAGAGACGGCAAGGAUGGGAAGAGCGCGACCGACGGAGGGAGCAUUUGGGCACAGCUGCUUGGCGGUAGUGUGAACGACUUCUACUUCAAUCUGGGUGUGCUCAUUGUAGAAGAGUGUCGUGCCACUCGCUCCGAAAACGGCGGCCUGAUAUCGGUCCACGAUCUGAGAGCAAGGAUAUCGAAAGGGCGUGCCGGCAGCAUAGGUGGCGCCAUGCAAGUCAGCGACGACGACAUCAAGCGUGCUGUCGACUCGCUGGCACCCCUCGGCUCCUGCUUCACCCUCAUGAAAAUAGGCCAUCGCUCGCUCAUUCGCAGCGUGCCCAAAGAGCUCAACACAGACCAGAGCACAGUCCUGGAAGCCAUACAAGUACUGGGGUAUGUCACUAUUAGCAUGCUGCAAUUGAACCUGGAUUGGGAGCGGCCUCGCGCGCAUGCUGUGAUUGAGGAUCUGAUGGCCGAUAGCCUUGUCUGGGUCGACACACAGGCUGGUGAGAACGAGUAUUGGAGCCCGGCCUUCAUCACUGGAGGUGCCAUGCCGUGAUACAUGCUUUCACGGUCGCGUGCCGGCCUUUUCGAACCACUUUUCAGCUUUACUCCUGCCAUCAUGGCUCUGUUUUAGCAGCGCAGAUUGAACAGGGCAACACAUGAAGCGUGCGACGUGUGUGGACGCAAGAUUCCUGAAGGGAUCUAUUCCAAUCCCGGAUGAUAUUCGAACGCGGGGGCCUUGCACCAAUCAUAUAUGCUCGAGCUUACCGCCCAUCCAUCUCACGCUCUC